AUGUCACUUCUAGAAAAUUUCUAAAAGUAGUUGAGAAAUAGACUACAGCUUAAGGCACAGAAAAAUCAGUCAGAAGAAAAUGUACUAUUCAAGACAUUCAAGUUCUAUGAUAUUCAAAACAGAGGUGAAAUUUAGCAGGCGGACUUUAUGAGAGCAAUGGAUAAAAUUGGGCUCUAAGUAUUCACAGAAGAUGUAAAUAAAAUUUGCUCUUAAUAACUUUAGGAAUUGAUUCAUGUGUUUAAUGCUUUUGAUAGCAGAGGAACAGGGCUUAUAGACUACAAAGAAUUCUCAACAAUUGUUUGCAGAAGUACCUAAUUUUCAGAAGCUGGAUCAUCCUACCUGGAAUCUCAGACAUCAAUGUCUUAAUCCCAAGGUAGAUUCUCUGGACAGAGAAAUCAGAGCUAAAUCAACUUUAGUACCCAGAAAACAUUAAUGGAGCCUGUUUAAGAUCUUUUAAAACGGUUUAAAGACCUAAUUUAAGCACGAGGAGUGAGAGGACUCAUUGGCUUGCAAAAAAUAUUGAAGAAAGUUGACAAUGAGGGAAAAGGUAGAAUUAGUCUGCAAUAAUUCAAAAAGGCCUUGUUUGACUUCAGAUUGGAAAAUCUAUAGGAUCAGGAACUCGAAAAACUGUUUAAUCUAUAUGAUCGCAAAAGAUUGUCACUGGUGAAUGUUAAGGAUGUCAUAAACUCAUUAAGGGAUGAGAUGAAUGACUACAGAAAAGAACUAGUUGAGAGAGUGUUCAUUAUUCUUGACAGAGACGAUGAUGGGAUGAUAGAUAUAAAGGACAUUAGAUAGAAUUACAAUCCUAAGAGACAUCCAGACGUAAUGCAGGGAAAGAGGUCAUAGGAAACGAUUCUCUCUGAGUUUAUAGAGAGUUUUGAAGAGAAUCAUAUUUUGAUUACUGGGGCUUCAACAUCCAGAAUACCCCAAAUAAACUUUGAUGAGUUCAUGGAGUAUUACACUAAUCUGGGCACUAUGAUUGACUCUGAUGAAUACUUCUCUAUAAUGAUUUCUAAUGUUUGGAAUAUCUCAGGGGGAUCAUAGAGCAUGGUCUAGUUUAAUUCUGCAGAUUAUAGUGGUUAUGGAAGUUCUAACAAACUCGGGAGUGGAGGUCUUAAUGACCAAUAACUUUAAAGUAACAAUAGUCAAUAGAGGUCAGUCUAUCACCACAUGAAAGAAGGAGAAAAUGAAAGAAUCAAUGCAGAUACUUAGUCAGUUUACUCUUAUAAUUAAUAAGUCCCAAGAGGAGGAAAGACUAGCAAUGAAAAUCCCUUAGUCUCAGCAUAAACUAACAAAUAUUAUCAAAGAUAAGAGGAUGAAAUAAAUCAGAGAAAUGCAGAUAGAUAGCAGAUGAAUUAGAAUUUGCAAGACAAAAAGAACUAUAGUCCAAUGUCACAAGCCCCAUCCAUGCGGUCAGAAAGGUCAGUUGCUUCUUCUGUAUUUCACACUGAGAAGAUAUAGCUAGCUAAAUACCAGACUAUCUUAGUUGAGAGAUUUAGAUCUAGCAUUGCAACAAAAGGUAUCAAAGGACUUAUUGCUUUGAGGGACAAAUUUAGAGAUUAAGAUUCAAGUAACAACGGUACACUCAGUUUCUAGUGUUUCAAUAAAGUUAUUAAAGACAUGAGAUUUGAUGUACCCGAAAUUGAUAUUAAAAAUGCUUUUAAGGCUUUUGAUAUUAACGGAGAGGGUCAAGUUUUUUAUGAUGAAUUUGUUAAGGUUCUGAUAGGACCUAUGAAUAAAUACAGAACGAGUUAUGUAGAGAAAGCUUUUGACAAACUAGAUAUCAAUUAAUAGGGACUAGUUGACAUUGAUUAUAUUUUCCAGAAGUAUGAUGGAGCAAAGCAUCCAGACUAUAGAUUAGGAAAAGCUACUAAGAAGGAAAUUGAAGAUGAAUUUGAAUAAACAUUUGAAACCCAUCAUUAGGUUGUCUAAGGCUACUAGGCUCUUGAAAAGAUAUCAAAAUUAGAGUUCAUUGAAUACUAUGCCCAUGUAUCAGCACUUAUCGAAUCUGAUUCUUAGUUCGCCAACCUGGUCUCCAGUGUUUGGUCUUUGGACUAUAGAGAUAAUCCAGAUAUCUUACCUUUCGCUGGGUCAAAGCAAAAAGUGCUUACAGUCGAUCCUAAACAAAGAUACUAUUAGGACAAUUUCAAAGCAAAGUAUGGAAACUAAGGAAGUGGGAAUGCUCCAUAUGGCACCUUCGAUGAUACUUAAAGUUCAACCUCUUCUUGGGUCACAACUAAUUAGAGGUAGUAUAAUAAUUGA